AUGAAACGUGAGUCUAUCUAUCUAUCUAUCUAUCUAUCUAUCUAUCUAUCUAUCUAUCUAUCUUUUUUUUUUCUCGGUUUGUCCAUUUGCUAUCUAUCUAUCUAUCAUUUUCUUUCUUCCUUCCUUUUUUCUCGGUUUAUCCAUUUGCCCAUCUAUCUAUCUAUCUAUCUAUCUAUCUAUCUAUCUUAUUCACCAUCUAUCUAUCUAUAUCAUUUUCUUUCUUCCUUUCUUUUUUUCUCGGUUUGUCCAUCUAUCUAUCUAUCUAUCUAUCUAUCUAUCUAUCUAUCAUUUUCUUUCUUCCUUUCUUUUUUUCUCGGUUUGUCCAUGUAUCUAUCUAUCUAUCUAUCUAUCUAUCAUUUUCUUUCUUUCUUUCUUUCUUUCUUUCUUUCUUUCUUUCUUUCUUUCUCGGUUCGUCCAUUUGCUAUUCAUCUAUCUAUCUAUCUAUCUAUCUAUCUAUCUAUAUAUCUAUCUUACUGCGAAACUAGUUUGGUUGCUUAA